CACCAAAGAUCACCGGCCCACCCGGUGGACUUGGAAGCCGAAUGAGAGCUUGGAGACGCGGAUAAAGCAAGAAAGAAAGGCCGCUUGACGAAGGAAACCCGCAAUCUCUCUCCCUUUCCCUUCCUCUCGAUUCGGCGUCGAUUCCGCCGCUUUUUUUGACCGUCCGAUCCGCCAUCGACGGCAUAUUCUCUCCAGUUUCUUGGACAACAAGAAAGGCAAGAUUUGGGAAUUUGAGAGAAAUUGAAGAAUUUUGAUUCCGGAAGCAAUCGAAGAAAUAUCCUUUUUUUUAGAAGGGAAUUAGGGUUGGUCUUCGGAGGUUAUUGUUGAAUUUAUAGCUUCAGCUCAAGAAUUUGGAAAGGGAUUCAUCGAGGAGGAGGGGUGAGAAAAGGGAGCUCAUUUGUUACCAAAUUUGCGCUGCUCUUUUUGCUGUGCUUUUGCCACGAUGGUCGAUUCGAUCGGCGCGAGCACGUCUGUUAUCGGGCAUCGCCUGCCCUAUCAAAGGAGGAUUUGCUUCAGAGAUGCCGCCUCCCACAAGUCGCCUCGUUUUGUGCGGUGCCAGCUCUUCUGCAAACAAUUCAUGGGUCAGCGUUUGGUCCGCUCUUCAACCACUCCUGGUGCGGUAACCAUGCAGAAACUUGAUGGAUUCAUGGUUUCAACCAUCAAGUCAUUGGCGAUGGAGUUGACGAAGGAAGCGCCUUCUCCAAAAGAUCGGAAGAUGCCUCAUGAUUUCGAUUAUGCCACAGAUGUGGGGUUGAAUUCUGGUAGAUUGUGGCCGCCAUCAAACAAGGCUGACAAUCCAAAGCUUCACAAUCCGUUGCUUCGGCAAGAAAGAAUGGGCUGUGGGUGGUUGGGUGCGAUCUUCGAGUGGGAAGGGGUGAUUGUUGAAGAUGAUCCCAAUUUGGAAAAGCAGGCAUGGUUGGUACUGGCCCAAGAAGAAGGGAAAUCACCUCCCCCGGCCUUUGUCUUGAAGAGAAUAGAGGGUAUGAAGAAUGAGCAAGUGAUCUCAGAAGUUCUCUGCUGGUCGCGUGACCCCUCAGAGCUCCGCAGAUUAGCCACUCGGAAGGAGGAGAUAUACCGAGCUCUCCAAGGUGGUGGAUUCUAUCAGAUAAGGUCUGGGGCACAGGAGUUCAUGAGCACUCUUGUAAACCACAAGAUUCCAAUUGCGGUGGCGUCCACUCGCCCGAGAAAGGGCAUCGAAGAAGCAAUUGAGGCUGUUGGCAUGCAGAGCUUCUUGAAUGCGAUUGUGGCAGCAGAGGAUGUGUAUAGGGGGAAGCCCGACCCGGAGAUGUUCGUGUAUGCAGCGCAGCUCCUUAAUUUUAUACCGGAGCGGUGCAUUGUAUUUGGGAAUUCCAAUUCAGCAGUGGAGGCGGCACAUGAUGCCUGUAUGAAGUGUGUGGCUGUUGCAAGCAAGCACCCGGUUUAUGAGCUUGGCGCGGCGGACCUUGUUGUGAGGCGUCUCGACGAGCUCUCCGUUGUCGACUUAAAGAACCUUGCUGAUAUUGACUCUCCAGAGUUUGAUUCGGGAGAGCCGGAGGUCGAAUUGGAGGAGGAAGAAGACCCAUCUCGAUCUUCAUCGGUGGCUGUGGAUGAUUUCUUCUGGUAAGACUUCUACCAUGUACAGUUUAUUGUUUCCCUGUUCCUGUGCAUAACAUUGAGUCUUAAGGUAUGCAGGAAACUGGGGCUUACUCCCUAGAUUUGUAAAAUGUCAUUAUCUAAUUGCCUCCUUAGAACACUGUAUAUAUUAAAUGUUAAAGAGGAUAAGGAGGGGGAAAAAAAUCAGUUGUUAGGUGGUCUACAUUGGACUACUACAUAUGCUGAAAUGUAUGUAUUGAUUUAAUACUUCUGCUGGUAAUGGUGUAUUGGUAUAUAAUGAUCCACCGACAAUUUCAGGAUAAAAAUCAGUUAGGUGGUCAUGUGCUUAAAUUUAUGUAUUGUUUCAAUACUUCUGCUGGUAAUGGUGGAUUAAUAUAUGAUGAUCUAUCAUCAA